CGGGCGCUCUCUUUUCUUAAUUUCCGCCUCCGACUCGACUAGGCAAGGCAACGGCCGCCUGUUACCUCAGUUUUUCCGGAAUUCCUCGGUUUCCACUAAAUUUCCGAUAUGGUUCUUCUCAAACUCCCCUCAGUUCAAUUACCCAUGUCUUAGAAUCCAGUAACAUUCUCUAGUUCACUCUGAAAUUCUGGCCUUCUCUUCCUUUUUGUCUUAAAUUAUAUGGCUUCUGCGUUUGGUUUAGCUUCAGUUUCUAGCGCUCCCACUUGGCUUUCUUCUCCUCUGCAUUCACGGCUGAGCUUGUUACGGAGAUCAUAUAGUGAGCAGCAAGGUGGUGCUCAGCAGCUUAGAAAUCCUAAAGUUACAUCAUGCCACUUGUUACGUGGAUUCUUAAAGCCAAAAGCAUUUCCAGAGAGACGAAAUGUGCUGUUUGCUACUUUCAAAGAACAACAAUAUGUUGAGCUCAAACCAGAUGCUUUGGAGCAGUCAAGUGACCCUUCUGGUUCUGAAGAUAUCUGUUCAGCUGCACUUUCACCUAUCCAUUUUGAGGGAACUGAUGGAAAAUCUGGUUUUGUUUCAUUUUAUAACCGUCCAUACAAAAGAGACGUUGAAGUCAUUUCUAAUGUGCAAAAGAAUCAAAGUAGCUUGUUAUGGUUCCUUGGUCCUACUGUCCUGGUUGCAUCUUUCAUUUUCCCAUCACUUUAUUUACGUAGAAUACUCUCCACCAUAUUUGAGGACUCGCUGUUGACAGAUUUCCUCAUAUUAUUCUUUACAGAAGCCCUUUUCUAUUGUGGUGUCGCCAUUUUUCUUCUAAUAAUUGAUUGUCUACGGAGGCCGGUUGAGUUAGAUAUUGCUGCUGAUUCCUUGUCUCCCCAACUGGGACAGCGAAUCUCUUCUGUUGCUACCCUGGUUCUUAGUCUUAUAAUACCUAUGGUGACAAUGGGUUUGGUGUGGCCCUGGACUGGUCCUGCUGCAUCUGCUACUCUGGCUCCUUACCUAGUUGGCAUUGUCGUCCAGUUUGCAUUUGAGCAGUAUGCAAGAUAUCGCAAGUCACCAGCUUGGCCUUUCAUCCCAAUAGUCUUUCAAGUUUACAGAUUGCACCAACUGAACCGAGCAGCACAGCUAGUGACAGCCCUAUCAUUCACGGUUAGAGGUGCAGAAAUGACCUCACAUAACCUGGCAAUUAACAGCUCUCUGGGAACACUUCUGAAUGUCCUGCAGUUUCUUGGGGUCAUUUGUAUUUGGUCACUCUCAAGCUUCCUCAUGAGGUUCCUCCCAUCCACUGCCAGGACUACAUAGCAAAGCAUGAAUUCUACAUUAGGUUUGAUAAAAUUUCCAUCACAUGUUAUAGAGUAGAAGACAGCAGUUGGUGUCGUUUCAGUUAAUUCUAGGAUCUUGAAACAAUUAUUUGGUUCUGCAUUUGCUCUUCCAGAAUUUGAAUCAAGUGGAUUUUGAAUAUAUCCUGUUCCAAGACUACCAAAAGGGUUGUUGCAGGAUUAUAUGAAAAUGGAGCUCCUUGAUGGUAGGGAUAACAAAGAAGAUACCGGGGUCUAGUCUGACCUUACAAUCAGGAUAACAUGAUUUUGUUAACUUAUUCAAAACAUGCACUGCAGUUUGUAUAUUGUUCUUUUGUGUUUAUAGAUAGUUCAUAUCUGGCAACUAUGCAUCUGAAGUGUAGAUUGCCCGAUUGCUGAUAUCCCGCAUAAUUGCUUGUUACAUCAUCUCCUCAUUGAGUUUAGUUUUAGAUAACACACAUAUGAAAUUUUAUUUACAAAUCUUCUAGUUGAACUUGCUGUGUUUCCUGGAUGGAAAUUGUAAGACGAUGAUUACAAGAUCAAAUAUAUUCUUUUUCCCCUU